UUGCCACACAGAGCUAGUAUUUUAACUCCUCAUUUUGGAUGAUCGACGGACAUGUUUCGCCGUUCGUUUGAGGCAGGGAGGUUGAUUACUCUGGAGGCUUGAAAAACGCCUGCACGUCAGGUUGAUCCAACAGGGACGCAAGAAGUCUUUCAGCAUGGAUUCGCGGCCCCUCGGCGCCGAGUUGGGCCAGCAAAUACAGCUCAGGACUUAGUCCUACUUCGAGCAAGUGGUGGCGCAUCCCUUGGGUCUGAACCAAGUGCUCAAUGCAUGAAAUGGCUUGGACCUUGUGAAUGUCACUUGCAUCGCCGUUGCCCAGCGUUUGAACGACGGCUCUGCAGAAGCUGCUGCACACACUUUGGACGUCGUCGUUCUCGGUAUUUUUACCCAGCUCCAUCACAAUUGCCGUGACCAGCUCGCGCUCGGUGAGGGUGCCUUGGCAUGCCAACUUUGCCAAGCCAUUCACACCAUUGCGCUCCAAUGGGUUUUUGGCGACGAGCAGAUCUUUGAUCAUGUCGAGGCCUGCCUCGACGAAAGCGCUGGACUUGCGUCGCAACCAACUCGAUCGACGGCCCGUGGGUGACCCCGACGUCGUUAACGAGGGCUCGUGCGAAAGAGUCAAGUAUGUCGACGCUCGCGUGAGAGGAGCCGCCGCUCCGGCGGUGGUCGCUGUCGGCUUGGGCACAGGCUGCUCCAUCAAUGCCACGAGAGUGUCGUGGUAUGCAGGGACGAGAGCAAUAAACGUGAAGCAAUCCAAGGCAAACGUGACGUCGAGGGAGGUUCCAUGCCACAGCGACCGCAUGAGUUGCAAGAGGAGAUCUUUGACAACGGCAGCAAGCUCAGCUUUCACCGGAUGGGUAUCUGGAAGUGGUAGGACAUUCGUAAACGCGAGUAGCAUGUGCAGCGCAUUCCGCUGCUCUAUAGGCGACGCUCUUGUUCGCGCCGUGGACACUAGUUUGUCCGCAAUGUCGAUUUGAUGGUGGUCCAAGAACAAACUGAACACGAGGAGCAAGGACACACUCGAUUCUCCAAGUGUGGGAUCUCGACACGCUUGGCGAAGUAGUGGUACGACACCGCUGAGUUUGAUGAGCAGCUCCAUGGAGACCUUAUCGUGGCGCGCAUCAUACAACUCUUGAAUCGUGCCGGAGACUUCAUCGACCGUUCCACUGAGAAGAUGUCGAAUAUGAUCUUGCAUCAUGUCGGAUGAAAGGGACACAGUGGCGCGCUUGGGGACUGGCUCUGCAUGCUGGACGUCUUCUCGCGGCAAAGAUCGCGCAGACGGGCGGCCAGCCGUGGAGAAGGCAGUCGUUAGGUUCUUCUGCGACACAGCCGUCGACCGUGGCUGUCGGAUCAUGCUUGGAGACUG